AGGGUGUUUUAUCCUACCCAAUCCAUGAUAUAAUUUUCUGUUAAUCUAUGCGACGGUUAGCGCCACGCCCCUCAGCUGCUCAGGGGGGAAGAUGGGGGGAAUGAAACGGGUGUGUCAAACACGUGGACAUAUGUGUGGGUAUGGUGGGACACAAAUGUAAGCAACUGUAGUAUCCAACAGCAAUUUUCAACAUGUUUUCCGUGUCAAACGUGGGUCCAUAGCGGCUAACACAAUUAAACAUCUAUAACGAGUGUCACGCAUUUCAUGUCCAUCAAUUUGCUUGCCCACGACGUAUUAAUUUAGCAUGACUGUUUUCACGGUUAGGAAAACCAUUGCAGAGACUCCUAAACCCUGUAGUUUUAAUCUAACGUGUCGUCGCCGACAUUACCUUCUUAAAUGAGACACCUUAGAUAGGUUAGAUGGAUAAAUGCAGCGCGUCUCCAGGGAUACUAACCGAAGCGACCGGUAAAGGCGUGUGCUGUUCCUGAGGCUCCGCAUCUCAUUGAGGGACGGACUAAUGUAAAUCACUGCCAAAAGGGGGGCGAACACCAGCUGCAGCCCAGCCUCCGUCUCGCACGGAGAACACGAGUAAUAACCACAGGGCAACAAAGAGGCACACGAUUCUCUCCACUGCCUUAACCAAACCCCAAACCAUUGAAAAACCGAAGUACUGCAUGCAGUAACUGGGAUUUUCGUUGAGAGAGAAGCAGAUAGCGCAUUGAGAUUAUCAUAAGGUUAUUACAGCGCUAAGGCGACAUGGAGUUGGAACAUUUUGACGAACGGGACAAAGCGCAGAGGUACAACCGUGGGGGCUCUCGAGCGAACGGCCUGCCCAGUCCCACGCACAGCGCACAUUGUAGUCUGUACCGUACCCGCACCCUCCAAGCCCUGAGUUCAGAGAAGAAAGCCAUGAAGGUCCGCUUCUACCGCAACGGGGACCGGUACUUCAAGGGGAUUGUGUAUGCCAUAUCCCAGGACCGUUUCAGGUCCUUCGAAGCCCUGCUAGCCGACCUCACACGCUCUUUAUCCGACAAUGUGAACUUGCCCCAAGGUGUCCGCACGAUAUACUCGAUUGAUGGGGCAGUGAAGAUCGACGAUAUGGAUCUUCUGGAGGAGGGUGAGAGCUAUGUGUGUGGCUCCAUAGAGCCUUACAAGAAGCUGGACUACACAAAGAAUGUGAAUCCCAACUGGGCCGUCAACGUCAAGUCGGUCUUGGCCGGCCGCAGCCCCACCUCGCUGGCCAGCGGCUUAGGCAGCUCCACGGAGUCCAGGGAGUCCCACGACUUCAUCCGUCCCAAGCUGGUGACCAUCAUCCGCAGCGGGGUGAAGCCACGCAAGGCCGUGCGCAUCCUGCUCAACAAGAAGACGGCCCACUCGUUCGAGCAGGUCCUCACGGACAUCACCGAGGCCAUCAAGCUGGACUCAGGCGUCGUCAAGAGGCUCUACACCGUCGAUGGGAAAAUGUUGACAAGCCUUCAAGAUUUCUUUGGUGAUGAUGACAUCUUCAUUGCGUGCGGGCCGGAGAAGUUCCGUUACCAGGACGACUUCCUGCUGGAUGACAGUGAGUGUCGUGUGGUGAAGUCCACGUCCUACGGGCGCAUCUCGUCCUUGCAGGGACGCUGCUCGCCCUGGAGUGGUGGGCCCUCGCGCAGGAGCAAGUCCCCCGCCUCGAAUAGCUCAGCCAACGGCACGGCAGGUAGUCAGCUGUCCACACCGCGGUCAGGAAAGUCCCCCAGCCCCUCCCCCACCCCCACCAGUCCUGCCAGCCUCAGAAGACGCCGGGGCUCCCAGCUCAGCAGCUCAUCUCUCUCCCUGGCCUCCACCAAGGUGUGCAGCUCCAUGGAUGAGGGGGAUGGUCCAGGUAGUGAAGCUGAGCUUGUAGAGGAGUAUCCCCAUGUCCCUGCCACCAUCGCCGAGAGAUACAAAGUAGGCAAGACAAUAGGGGACGGGAACUUUGCGGUGGUGCGCGAGUGUGUGGAGAGGUCCACGGGGCGAGAGUACGCCCUGAAGAUUAUCAACAAGGGAAAAUGCCGAGGAAAGGAACACAUGAUUCAGAAUGAGGUGGCCAUCCUGAGACGAGUGAAGCACCCCAACGUCGUUCUUCUCAUUGAAGAGAUGGACACCUACAGCGAGCUGUACCUCGUCAUGGAGCUGGUCAAGGGCGGAGAUCUGUUCGACGCCAUCACGUCCUCCAACAAGUACACAGAGAGAGAUGCCAGUGGGAUGCUGUUCAACCUGGCCAGUGCCAUCAAAUACCUGCACGUCCUCAACAUCGUCCACCGAGACAUCAAGCCAGAGAACCUGCUGGUAUACGAGCACCAAGACGGUAGCAAGUCCCUGAAGCUGGGAGACUUUGGCCUGGCCACAAUAGUGGACGGACCUCUCUACACAGUGUGUGGGACUCCCACAUAUGUAGCACCAGAGAUCAUCGCAGAGACUGGCUAUGGUCUGAAGGUAGACAUCUGGGCGGCCGGUGUCAUCACGUACAUCCUCUUGUGUGGAUUCCCUCCCUUUCGCGGAAGCACAGAUGACCAGGAAGCUCUCUUUGACCAGAUUCUCAGUGGCCAGCUCGACUUCCCCCUACCCUACUGGGACAACGUCUCAGACACAGCUAAGGAGUUGAUUUCCUCCAUGCUUCAAGUGGAAGUUGAGCAGCGCUACUCAGCUCUGCAGGUGCUGGACCACCCUUGGGUCAACGAUGACGGCUUGGCCGAGAAUGAGCACCAGUUAUCCGUGGCCGGAAAGAUCAAGAAGCACUUCAACACCGGCCCCAAGCCCGACAACAUCACAGCAGGCGUGUCCAUUAUAACAACCACCGCUCUUGAUAAGGAGGGGCAGGUUUUCCGACGAAGACGCAACCAGGAUGUGAAGACCCCGGCGGCCCUGUUGGCCCACCAGCCUCAGGCCCCCCAGAGCCGCCUGUCCCCCGCCCGCGGCGCUCCCACCAGCCUCUCCCCCGCCGCCGACUUCACCUCUGAGUCCGAGGACUACUCCCCCAGCUCCGCCGAGACCGUCCGCUCACCAACUUCACCAUUUUAACACCCCCACCCUCCCCGUGUGACCCAUUCACAGGGCUGCCCUUCCCUUUCCCCAACCUACGACCCAAAACCAACACCCACCCCCACCCCC